AUGUAUAAACAAAAUUCAUAUGGAUUGAUGAUGGUUGUAUUGAUGGUCUCAUUGACUAUCGGUAUGAUCUCUGCUGCUAAAACAGCACCAUCAUCAUUGUCAUCGACACUGACAGCAAGCAAUAUUAAAUCAUUGAGCAGUAUGAUUGAAUCACAUCGUCCAUCGAAUGGUGGAUUGUACGACAACGAUCUUAAGGAAACAUUCUACGCUGUAGGUGCACUCACUCGUCUCUCCCAACCAAUCGUAAAGGAUAGCGAGCUCUGCAAACAAGUACGUGGCUUAAUCGAGCAACGUAGCAACGAUAUCGAGUCUGUAUUUUAUGGUGUCUCCAUUUUGUCAGAGAUCAAAUGUUUGGCCGCCAACCCAGUACCACUCUCAUUGAUUGAGAACGCCGUCCAAAAAUCAUUGGAAAACGGUAACAUCAAUGAAUUGGCUGCCGCCGUCAACACUGUAUUCUUAUUGCUCGACGCCAAAUCCAUCUCGUACGAUGUCGCCAACUUGGAAUCCGCCGCCAACCGUUUGGUUUCCUUGAUGGACGCCGAUGGAGAGUUCAAGCUCGAGUCUGGUUCCGACGAUGCUUCCAUCAUCAACAAUGGAGUCGCCUACUUCACCAUGGCUCGUCUUUCCCACCGUCUCAAGUCAGUCGCUGGUAUCUCGAAUCUCGUCGAUAAGGUCGUCUCCAAGUUGCCAUCGGUUGUCUCAUCGGCCUCUGACUCUGCCAGUGGAUUCGUCUGGCACGACCUCGCUACCACAUCCUCCAUUUUCCGUGGUAUCGUAGCUCUCACCUCGCAAAGCGAGAAAGUCGCCAACACAAUCACUCCACUCCAAAUCCAGAGAAUCGGAGACUACCUCCUCAGAUUCAAGAGCACCGCCUCACUCCAGGAUGCUUUCAAUUUGGUCAUCGGUUUGAAGAGUUGCGCCAAGAACUCCAUUGGACAACCAUUGUCCGUAGUCCUCAAUCCAACUACAUUCGACUCAUCGGCCUCUGGAAAGAAGUUGGUCACUGUCCAAAUCCACGAUAUUUUCGACCACCCAGUUGCCACCCAAGUCACCGUCGCCAAGGUCGCAUUGGCCACCGCCCGUAACACUGCCGUCAUCUCCAACAAGGAGUUGUCCGACAACCAACUCGAUGUUUCCGAACUCAAGCUUGGAUCAUACGUUGCCGACAUCAAGAUCAACCCAUCCGAAGACAAUUUCCAUCCAUUCACUGUCACCCGUACCAUCACUGUUUCCGGUGCUGCCGCUGUGCGUGACUUCAAAUUGAUUGUCGCCGACAACAAAGAAGCAUUGGCCAACUCCAAGCAAAUCUUCACAGUUGAAUCACAAAACCAAUUGUCCCUCGAGUUGCCAGCCGCCAAGACUGCCCGUAUUUUCUUCCGUGUCGUCUCUGGUGACCAACCAUUCGUUGCCCAACAAGUCGGAGUUCGUUUCGUCUCCAAGGUCAACCCAUCGAUUGAAACCGUUGUCCAAGCCGUAUUCAGCGUUGACUCUUACAGCUAUGUCAUUAACAGCCGUGACCUCGGUAAGCUUUUGAACUUCCAGAGCGGUGCCUACGCCGUCGAUGUCUUGGUCGGUGACUCCUCGAUUGCACCACUCAACUGGCAAGUCGGACAAUUGACACUCAACUUUGAUCAAGCUGCCACUGGAACUACCCGUUAUCCAGUUCACCAACCAAUUGAUCACCGUUUCCGUGUUCCAGAGAGCCGUCCACCACAAGUUGUUUCACAAACCUUUACUCUCCUCGUUUUGGCACCAUUCGUUAUCUUCCUCAUUGGUUUGCCAGUGUUGGGUGCCAACUUGAACAGAUUCCCAGGUGGUAUGGGAUUCAUCUACACCGUUGCUUUCAUUGGAUGUGCCGCAUUGGUUGGAUUGUUGAUCGUCACCUACUGGUUCUCAUUGACCAUGGUCGUCACCUUGAGAUACCUUGGUUUGCUUUUGAUCCCAACCGUCUUCUUUGGUCAAAAGACAUUGUCUCACUUUGCUCAAGAUAGAGUUUCAAAACCAAAACAACUCUAA